CGUCGUCCCUUCGGUUUAGUCCCGCAUACCAGCAGCAAUGGCGGCGGUGAUAGCGGCUUCUCGGAGACUCCGCGACUUGUUGGCCAGGCGAUUGACAGCCCCCACCAAUUUGGGUCUCAGCUUUAGCCUUCGUCCCAUGAGUUCCUUUGCACAAGAUGAGGCUUCCAAAGCGGCCCCUGACCAAGCCCCAGGCCACAGCUAUGAGUCCCUUCGGGUGACACCUGCCCAGAAACACGUUCUGCAUGUGCAGUUAAACCGGCCGGAGAAGAGAAACGCCAUGAACAAGGCCUUCUGGAGUGAGAUGGUGGUGUGCUUCAACAAGAUUGCAGAAGAUGCUGACUGUCGUGCUGUGGUGAUCUCUGGUGCAGGAAAAAUGUUCAGUUCAGGUAUCGACUUCGUGGACAUGGCCUCGGGGCUCCUAAAGCCCCCAGGAGACGACGUGGCCCGCAUCAGCUGGCACCUCCGUAGCCUCCUCAGCAGAUACCAAGAGACCUUCAGCGUCAUUGAGAAGUGCCCAAAGCCGGUAAUCGCCGCCAUCCAUGGGGGCUGCAUUGGUGCAGGAGUGGAUCUCAUCACUGCCUGUGACAUCCGGUACUGUACCCAGGAUGCUUACUUCCAGGUGAAGGAGGUGGACCUAGGUUUGGCAGCGGAUGUGGGAACCCUGCAGCGACUGCCCAGAGUCAUCGGGAACCAGAGCCUGGUCAACGAGCUGGCCUUCACUGCCCGCAAGAUGAUGGCUGAUGAGGCCCUGGACAGUGGGCUGGUCAGCCGGGUCUUCCCAGACAAGGAGGUCAUGCUUGAUGCGGUCGUCGCCCUGGCAGCCGAGAUUUCUAGCAAGAGCCCCGUGGCAGUGCAGGGCACCAAAAUCAACCUGCUCUACUCCCGUGACCAUUCGGUGACAGACAGCCUCAACUACAUGAAAUCCUGGAACAUGAGCAUGCUGCAAUCAGAGGACGUCGUUAAGUCUGUCCAGGCCCUAAUAGAGAAGAAGGAACUGAAGACCGUCACUUUCUCCAAGCUCUGAGAGGCCCAGGGUCUGGCUUUGUCCCUCCUCAUGCCUGCGUGUCCUGGUUCACAGAGAAGGAGGAUUAGUGGAGAUGGUCACCUCGCUGUCUUCUCAGCCAGUCUCCCAGUUCGCAACUUUAUGACACAGAUUUCCUCAUUCUAUAUCUCCGCCCCACGGACAAUAAAGCAAUGUAAAGAA